UACAGUUUCCCUUCUCUAAUGUUGUUCUAGUACACUCUAAUUACGCUCUACCGGAGGUUAACGUGCAAGCCUGCUGGGUGUGCGAAAACAUUUGUGUGCGAUUUUACGUAGUUUAGCCUGCAGUCCAUUGAUACUGACGGCAGCUGGUGCUGUUCCAUCGCUGCACGAGAAUGGGCAUCAACUUCGACGGCCCGACCGACGAGGGGCCGGGCUUUGUGGGCAUCAAGUUCUGUCAGGAGUGCAACAACAUGCUCUACCCGAAGGAGGACAAGGAGAACCGCGUCUUGCUGUACGCGUGCCGCAACUGUGAUUACCAGCAGGAGGCUGACAACAACUGCAUCUAUGUGAACAAGAUCACCCACGAAGUCGAGAUGAAAUGCGGCUGUACUAUGUGUGCACAAACACAAACUGCACUCAUCGGUGGACUGAGUGAAACACCCCGAGAAGCUUGCCCAUCUUUUCCGACCAGUGUGUCAUGCUAUAUUGACUUUGUACAUGAGCAUCACGAAAUAAAGUAUAUAUAUAUAUAUAUAUAUAUAUAUAUAUGUUUUCAAUUGUAUAAUUUAUGCCUUGCCUCUUUUCUCGUGGUCAUAUUCAAAGGCCUAAUUAGUGGCGAAAAUAGCCUUUUCAUAACCGAUCAUUGUACAAUUUUACGUAGGCAGAGAUGCACUGCCCUAAUUAGAAGUUGAUGAAAGUGUAGCAUAAAAAAAAAUGGGGGAACCUGAAAUUGCUUUGAAGCGUGCCAUUCGCAAAAAAAAAAAAAAAAUCACCGAUGAUUACGAUACUCUCUCUUGCGAAAUUUGAGCACAGCUGUAUAUGUGUGUUUAUUUCCCAAUAUACUGAGGCAUUGCACCAAUCACCACACCGGCUGGCAGAACCACGACGCCCGGCACUAUAUAUAUAGACCAACUACACAGUUGCCGCUUCCUGGCAACUGUAGCUUCAUCAUCAGCCUGGUUAUGCCCACUGCAGGGCAUAACUCCAGGGCAUACUUCUCCAACUACCCCACUCAUGUACACGAGACGUUCAUUUGAGG